GCCAAGUGCAGUUAGCUAGCCACACUCUCCUUUUUCCAACUAAUCUGCAAUCCUGAGUCAUUGAGCAACUGCAUUGGGAUUUUUGCAAGGGUUUUCUUUAAACGAGAUUUGAGACUCGAUUGUCAAUAAAUAGCACUCUGCUCAUCGUUCGCCUCGGUCUACUUUUCUACUAGAUAGCUUAAAAUUGCUUAUUAGCACUUUAGUCAUAAUCAAGCUUCUUCCUUUGGCUGGAAUUAACGAAUUCCCAUCCGGACGAAAUAUAGUAAAGUUGAUCACUCUGAUGCUCAUCUCAAAUCAUAAUCACAUGACAGUUUAGUUUAGUAGCAGAAACUUGACAAUUUAAGCAAUAAGCUGAAACUUCCAACUUCUUACGUGGUUUAUUGUGGCUUAAUUAAUUAUAAUACCAAAACAAACGGAUUUCCUAUUACAAAUUCAAUAAUUUAAUAAUACUCGCGAUGAAUAACGACGAGGAUGGAGGUCCUCGACAACCCAUCCACGACGGCGAAUUUGACGUUUGGACGAAAUAUUCAUUUAUCAAGGGACAAGUUCCCAAGUUUCAUUGCAAUGACCCUGUAGGCCUUAGAUUGAUUGAAGAACAGAAUCCUGUUAUCCUUACUGGCUCAGACUUGGUGGCCACCGCAUUUAAAUGGGAUUUGUCGUACUUGACGGAACACAUUGGUCAAGGUCCUUUUGCAGUAUUUUGUCACGGAGUCUCUACUAGUAAUGAUGCACUCUCGGCAAGUCCCUCCGCCUCGACCACCGUACAAAGUUGUUCAUGUCCACAAAAUAAUCGAAAUAAUCAUAAGGAUAAUCACAACCACAAUGGAAAUGGUCAAGGGAGUAGUAAAAUUAAGUGCGAGGGGGAUGACAGUCUCAAUAAGAAAAAAAAGGUCAAAAUGGAGUCGACCAGCAUUAAUAUUUUUAAAUACUUUGAUGAUAAAAAGCUGCAAGCGUUACAAGACAAGAGUACCUUUCAACAAGAUAUUGUACGAACAGAAAUGUCGUUUGAAGAUUUCCUCAACAAGUUCAAAGGAGACAGAUCGAAAGAGAGGGUUUAUCUCCAGCAACCGCUCAAUAAUACUGUGGGCAGACAGAUAGCUGCUGACUUUGUUGGAUUUAAUUGGCCCUGGGCAAUGGAAAAGCAGAAAGAAUGGGGAUGGGGCCCUUUAACAUCUAAUUUGCUGCUUAUCGGGCAAAAAGGAAAUAUCACGCCUUGCCAUUAUGAUGAGCAACAAAAUCUUUUCUGUCAGCUUCAAGGGUCCAAAAGAUUUCUUCUUUUUUCACCGGCCAAUUUUCGGUGUCUAUAUCCUUACCCGGUACAUCACCCCCAUGACAGGCAGUCUCAGGUGGAUUUGGACAAUCCAGACUUUGACCGAUUUCCUAACUUUCGCCAAGUGGAGAGUCUAGAAGCUAUAGUCAAUCCGGGAGACAUUUUAUAUAUCCCAAUGUAUUGGUGGCAUCAUGUAAUUAAUUCUGAAGAUACCAUUGCAAUUAACUUUUGGCACAAGGCUGGUCCGAAUACACAAAUUGAAUACCCAUUAAAAUCUAGACAGAAAGUGGCUAUGAUUCGAAACGUGGAGAAAAUGUUGUUAGAAGCACUUCAAGAUCAGGACGAGCUAGCCAACGUUCUUCAUUGCAUGGUUGAUGGACGAUUCUAGUCUUAAAUACAUUGACAUGAAAAGCGAUAUUAUAUUCCCACUUUCUCAUCAUAAUUAAUAUACCGAUUGAUAACGUACUUCUUACAAAUUGUUUUUCUAUUAAUUUAUUUCUGAAGUUGCAAAGAAUACUUAUGGCAAUUUGCAAACUGCACCAUCAAUUUUUGUUGUAGGACCAAUUCAACGAUUUGUUUUGUGAUUUUCUGUUAUACUCUGGCUUCUGUUACUUUAUUUUAUAAAAUACAUGCGUCAUAACUUGACAGGCGAAAACAUGGACUGAAUAAACACGAAGUGCAAGGCAAUAA